AGAGGCACUGCCUGCGGCAGAGACGAAAGUCAGUGAGUGGGCUGGCUAAUAAAACUUGCACUGGAACAUCCAAAAGAUAUCAGCUCUGCAAAGUACAAGUAAGGAUAUCCUUUUUUCUUGCUAGUGACAUUUGGUGGAAAAAUUGGGAAGUCACGCUUGCUUCACGUGAUGGCAUUCCUGAGUCCCUUGGAGUGGAGGUGUUGCUCAUCCUGUAGCAGUCCCCACAUUGCCCCUCUAGCAGCUGGAGUUCACUUUUCUGGCUGCUAUCCCUGCUGUUGGGGGCCAUAAAACCCAGUGGCGUCCUUGUGCCAUCUGCCUUGUGGUUUCCCUCGCUGUCCCCACAGUGGGAGGAGGAGGAUGUGGCUCUGGAUGGGGCUGGUGAUGGAAGAAGUGCUCCUUGCAGGGGGUGCUGUGUGCCAGGAGCCUCUCCCACAUUUGAUUUUCAUCAGGAUGUUAAUGCAUCCCAUUCUAGGAGUGCCCUGCAAACGGAAGGAGCUUUCGAGAGGAGCAGUGUUCAUCCUUUAACUCCCAUGUGUAUAAUGGAAGAACGUAUCAAUGGAAACCUUUAUACCCUGGUAACAAGACAUUCUUUGUGUGUUUCAUAAUGCUUAGCCAAAAUAUUUUGAUAGUUAUGAUGCUAUGGAGUGCAGGAAGGCCCCUCCUCUGCUGUUUUAAAGUGAUUUUUUUCAGGGACACAAUCGGCUGCCUCCCAGGUUCAAAGGAGGGUUUUCCAGCUGCAGGGUUACCUAAAAAAUAAAAUAGCAAAACAUAUUUGUGGCAGUAUCCUCCAGCUUGUUUUGGUCACAGCUCCCAAGGAAGGCAGGCUGGAGGAUGAGGACAUGGGGUGAUGCUCUGUGCUGGCAGGGAGCAUCCACCUCGUUCAGCAUGUGGUGAGCUGGGGCUGCUGCUGGCUGCAGUGCAUUCCUGUGACAUUUGCUCACUCCCACACAAUGUGUGGGCUCUGCCAAAUGUCACUGAGAUGGAAUCAGUUCGGUCAUGUAGGGUGAGUGACACAGAACGGCAGGGAUAAUUGAGGAAUCAGGCUGGGAUAUAUAUGUACUGUAAGCGUAUUUUUAGGCACCUAACUCCCACUGAAACCAAGCUUUAAGAAAAUCCCAGCCAAUUCCAGAGGAUACUGGGAUUCCCCUUGGGAACUUAGGUGUCUGAAAAUAGAGGAUUUAGCAGAAUUUUCUUGCUUGGGUGUCUCCAGUUACCAACCAACAAUUAUGCUUCAUGGUGUUCCUUGUUGCCUCCUUCCGAGUGACACCAGCCCCUGCCUGCAUCCCCUUGGCAGGGCUGUGUGCUGGGACGUGGUUAGCUCUGCUCAGCCUUGUCACCUUGCCAUAGGAGGGGGACAAUUUCUGUGAACGUAUUCACCCUUCAAGAUGAUGAUUCACCAGAAUAGUGACAGUGAACUGUUUUGUUUUUUAGCAGGCGCUCACGUGUCUCCUGGGGGAUUGGCAGGAUAAUGUUUUGCCAUUGAUGCUGCCUUGGGCCAGUGGGUAUCUCAAUGCUCCCUCCUUGUGGAGUGCAACGCUUGGCACAGGGCUCUGCUGCAUGCGUGGAUUUGUCUCUUGCUUCCUGUGGGUAUUAUAAAGCAUCUGCAGAAAGCAAGGGGCAAACUGAGCCCAACUUGGGAGAAUGUCAGUGGGAGAGAUCUUGAGGUAUAACUGAUGUGGUUUUGAAUAGUCUUGUAUGUCAAUUUAUAACAACUAAUGUAUGUAUUAAAUAUUGAUAUAUGAAUGUGCAUAUGUGUAAUGUAUGUAUAAUGUGGCUGCAUGCCCUUGCACAGCACAGUGCCUGUGGUACCUUUGCCAGCAGCAGGUGCAUCUCUUUCCAGCACUGGAGCUGUGCAAAGGCUUGCAGCAGCAGGCUGCCAGGAGCACAAUCUCCUGUCCAACCUGCAGGCACAAGAGGUUGUGGCUCCUGCAGCGCUGGCUGCUGUGCAAUUUGUGUUGCUGUUGUUUAGCUUGGCAGAGAUUCAUUGACAUUGGUAGGAUGAAAGUUAUUGUGUUUCUGCUGUUUUGAAUGUGUCUCUAUAUCCUUUCCCCUUAGAUGACUAUGUUCACAUUUCUAGCAAGCCCUGUGACCUCCAUUGCACCACUGUGGAUGGUCAGAGACAAUUAAUGGUUCAGGCUCGGGAUGGAACAUCCUGCAAAUACACUGAUUUCCGAGGGGUUUGCGUGUCUGGAAAAUCCAAUUGGCUGCGAUGGCAUUCUCUUUUCCACCCACACCUUGGAUAAAUGUGGAGUUUGCCAAGGAGAUGGGAGCAGCUGCACUCAUGUGACGGGGAGUUACAGGAAAGGAAACGCUCAUCUGGGCUAUUCCCUGGUAACGCACAUUCCUGCUGGAGCAAGGGAUAUCCAGAUAGUGGAACGGAAAAAAUCUGCAGAUGUUCUGGCUGUGGCUGAUGAAGCUGGGUACUAUUUCUUCAACGGGAAUUACAAAGUUGACAGCCCAAAGAACUUCAACAUUGCAGGCACGGUGUUCAAGUACCGCCGGCCCAUGGAUGUCUAUGAGACUGGCAUAGAGUAUAUUGUUGCACAAGGACCAACAAACCAAGGAUUGAACAUCAUGGUCUGGAAUCAAAAUGGCAAAAAUCCAUCCAUCACGUUUGAAUACACUCUCUUGAGGAAACCACACUCAAAUCUCCAGCCCAUCUACUACACCUUUUCUGAGUCAGAUAGCGAAGAAAGCAGGGAGUUUGAUGGAGAUGUGCCAUUGGGUUUUAUCCAACACAACGCAACCUAUUUUGGGAAAAUCUCCAGGGAAAGGAUAGACUUGGAGAACCAGGUGUUUGGAAGACAGGACACGGAGGAAGAUUUAAACUUGAGCAAAGGUCAGGAAACCAAUGAGGUCUAUGAAAGAGCAGAAACAAUUGACUGUGAGCCAAAACUGAAGGGCAAACAACCCAAAGAUUCAAACGUAACCAGGUCUACUUACCAGACAGACCAUGACGACAGAGACUUUGACCCCAGGUUCACCUCCAGGGAAUUCCUUUCGGAGAAUGCCAUCACAGACAAACUGCUGGACAAGGCCUCUGACUCAAAGGAGUUGGUACUCAACAUGACCAUGAACAGCAUCUUUGCCCAGGGAGACCCAAUCAACUCUGUGGGGUCCCACAUUGACAGCCUCUACGUUGACUACGAGGACACUGAUGGCAUUGUGACCUAUACCAUCAAUGGCACGUACAUGGAGCUCAGCAAUGGCAAAGCCAUCAAUUCAUCUGCAGAGACACCGUUUUCAAAUGCCACUGUCACCAUGACCAGCUCUCAAGGGAACAGAACCCACAAAGCAAGAAACAGAUUGAAGUUGUUAAGAAAGGGCCAAGGUGUGAGUGCUGCUGACAUGUACAGGUGGAAGCUUUCCUCCCAUGAACCCUGCAGCUCUACAUGCACCACAGGAGUGAUGUCCACGUAUGCUAUGUGCGUUCGCUAUGAUGGGAUCGAAGUAGACGAUACGUACUGUGAUGCCAUGACCCGCCCUGAGCCUGUCCAUGAGUUCUGUGCUGGGAGAGAGUGCCAGCCAAGGUGGGAGACAAGCAGCUGGAGUGAGUGCUCCCGUACCUGCGGUGAGGGCUACCAGUUCCGCAUCGUGCGCUGCUGGAAGAUGAUCUCUCCAGGCUUUGACAGCUCUGUCUACAGCGACCUCUGUGAGUCAGCUGACAUCACCCGGCCCGACGAGCGCAAAGUCUGCAAGAACCCGGCCUGUGGGCCACAAUGGGAGAUGUCUGAGUGGUCAGAGUGCUCUGCGCGGUGCGGUGAGCGCAGCGUGGUGACGCGGGACAUCCGCUGCUCGGAGGAGGAGAAGCUGUGUGACGCCAGCGCCCGACCCCUGGCUGAGAAGAACUGCACAGGGCCACCCUGCGACCGCCAGUGGACCGUGUCUGAUUGGGGACCGUGCAGUGGUGGCUGCGGACAGGGCAGGAUGAUCCGACACGUGUACUGCAAAACCAGCGAUGGGCGCGUGGUGCCAGAGUCGCAGUGCAACCUGGAGACAAAACCUCUGGCCAUCCACCCCUGCGGGGACAAGAACUGCCCGUCACACUGGUUGGCACAGGACUGGGAGCGGUGCAACACCACGUGCGGCCGGGGUGUGAAGAAGAGGAUUGUGCUCUGCCUGGAGAUUGUCAAUGGCAAGAUCAAGACUCACAACCCCACUGACUGCGACGUGGCCAAGAAGCCUGUGGAGGAGACGACGUGCUUCGAGCGGCCCUGCUUCAAGUGGUACACCACCCCGUGGUCAGAGUGCACUAAAACCUGUGGCAUCGGUGUGAGGAUGCGGGAUGUCAAGUGCUACCAGGGGAAGGACAUCGUCCGUGGCUGCGACCCCCUGGUGAAGCCAGUGGGCAAGCAGACCUGUGACCUGCAGCCCUGCCCCACCGAACCCCCAGACGACAGCUGCCAGGACCAGGCAGGAACCAACUGCGCUUUGGCCAUCAAAGUGAACCUGUGCAGCCACUGGUACUACAGCAAAGCCUGCUGCCGCUCCUGCCGCACCCCCCACUCGUAGUGCAGGGCUGGGGCCGCAGCCCUGCUGGUGAGCAUUGGGGAUGGAUGUUCCUUUCCUCGCUCCGCUGGCACGGCUUGCUUUCAGAGCUGCUGUACAUUGGUUAUCAGAGCUGUACAUACGAUCGUGUAUAUUUGAUUUCCCCCAACAGCAGACAUUCACGUGGUUUCACAAGGUCUCGUCCUUUGGUUUCUUUUUGCCUAUGCAAGUAGGGGGUGGGCACGGACCCAUGGGAGUGAAAGUACCGGUGUGUUCCCUAGCAGAGGGGGUGAGUGCCUCCUCCCUGCUUUCUCCUCAAUGCUUUCUUACAUUUAACACAGUGGGAAGCAGAUUUUCAUUUGCUAAAUGAACUCAAGCCCAAGCCCUCUUCUGUAAUAUGGAGGUGUAUACUUUUUCAGAGGAUUUUAUCUUGUAACCAAAUGUUAGUGCCAUAGUCCUUACAACCUCCCCCCCCCCAAAUGCUGACAUAUUGUAUAUAAUAUGGAAACAUUACUGCACUUUAUAUCACAAAAAAAGACGUGCUCUUUUUUAAUAUAUUUGUUUACAGACAGUGAACUUUAUCCACGUAAUCAUUAAUUUGUACCCAUGUAUAUUUUAAUAAAGUUGUCA